AUGAGCAACAGCAGCACCCUCCACCUUGGAAGUGGCGGAGUUGGGGGCUCCCCCUCUCACCACUCUCGUCACGAGGGUCAUAAAAAGUUGGGAGUUGCUUUCACCAUCGGUUCAGAUUCGUCACAGACGCCAACCAUCUCUCUGCCCCAAUCGCUUGACAUUAAAGACGGCAAAAAGGCCUUCGCCUUGAAAAUCGCCGGUGCUUUGCCAAGUGGUGGCUCCUCGCCGGCCAAAAUUAUCCACGCAUUCAUCCAUGUGAAGGACUACGAGGGCCUGGAUCGAUACCUCAGCAAGUAUACAGUGGACAAGGAGGUGCUAGAUUUUGCCCUUCAAAAGGCCUGUAUCGCCUCCAAUGCUGAAGCUGUGGAUGUGCUGGCUAGCCACGGCGCAAAUGUCGACUUUGUGGACCAAUUUGGCACCACCCUGUUGCACUUUGCCAUGCGAGGUGGGGGCAAUCCGGAGGUCAUUCUGGCCCUCCUUCGGCAUGGAAUGCAGUGUCGGGAUUGGAGGAACGAGGGGCAGAACCUCCUCAAUUGGGCCUGUCAGUGGGGCCAUUUGGCGAUUGUUAGAAUCAGCCUAUUAACUAGUUUUUGCAACCUUAAAGAUGGACCUGAAAUGUUCAUCCGUCGUGGCGAUAAGACAUUCUUCCACCUCGGUUCUAAUGAGGGUGAGUAG